AUGUUCGAAGGUUUAUUAGCUUGUGAUCCAUCAGGUCCACGAGAGAAACGAGAAAUGAAAAUGGAUGAAGGAAACGAUUUUGAAGGAAAGCCAAUCUCUUGUAAAGCUCUUGUAAUUUGGAGUCCAAAGAAUAUCAAAGUCGAAGAGGUUGAAGUGUUGCCUCCAAAAGCUGGUGAAGUUCGGAUAAAGAUUCUCUACAAUGCUUUAUGUCAUACUGACAUCGCGUUGAUUAAUGGUUGGGUGACGGAAGCUAAAUUCCCGACAAUUCCUGGGCACGAGGCGACGGCGGAAGUUGAAAGCGUUGGAGAAGGGGUAAAGGGAUUUGAGAAAGGUGACAUUGUCAUUCUUACCCCUUUUCCACAAUGCAAAAAGUGUGAAAUGUGUAAAAGUGGAGAAACGAAUUUGUGCGAAGAAAUGGAUUUAAACGUUUUAACAAUGGCAAUGGCUGAUGGGACGACUCGUUUCAAGUGUAAGGGUAAAGAGGUUUUCCACGCCUUUGGUCUAUCGGCUUUCAGCGAAUAUUCUGUGGUUCGAGAGAUCGCUCUGGCAAAGAUUAAUCCAAAUGCUCCGGUUGACAAAGCUUGUCUUGUUGGUUGUGGGAUAGCAACAGGAUAUGGAGCAUCGAUCAAUACAGCUCAGAUCCGUGAAGGGGAUACAGUGGCAGUGAUCGGUCUUGGUUGUAUCGGUCUUUCAGCUAUUCAUGGAGCAAAGCACGCAGGCGCAAAAGAGAUUAUCGGUAUCGACAAGAAUCCGAAGAAAUUCGAUGCUGCAAAGAAAAUGGGUGCCACUCAAUGUUUGAAUCCAAAGGAUUGCCCAUACGGGACAGAGUUUUCAGAAUGGUUUAUUCAAAAUUUUGGCGCUGUUGACAAAUCGUUGGAAUGUGUGGGUGAUGUGAAUUGUAUGCGUUGGGCUGUUGAAAUCGUGAAGAAAGGCUGGGGCAGAGCGGUGAUUCUUGGAGUCCAACCGCCAGCUGAUAAAUUGACCAUUGCACCAACUCUACUCUUGGAAGGACGAACGAUUGUUGGUGGAUGUGUUGGGGAUUGGCAUACGGUUGACGAAUUCCCGAUGUUAGUCGAGAAAGUGUGUAAAGGAGAGAUUGAAACCGAUCCGAUGAUUACUCAUCACUUUCGGCUUAAUGAAUUUCAAGAUGCUGUCCGACAAAUGGACAAGGGGAAUUGUAUUCGAGCUGUUUUCGAGCUUUCUUCUCAC